GUUCUGGGGAAAAAGUUGAGAUGACUCCCCAGUCGCGAAAUCCUCCCUCUUCAUACUUCAGCCACUCAAGACCGUCUAACUCAUGUCCAAGACCUCGCUGCCCACCAUGUCCAAAGACUCCACACCCGCCGCUGGCAAGCUCUGGGGCGGCCGCUUCACUGGCGGCACCGACCCCAUCAUGACCCAAUACAACGAAUCCAUCUACUUCGACCGCGCCUUCUACUCUCAAGACAUCCGCGGCAGCGUCGCUUUCGCUCGCGCAAAUACAAAGUCUGGACUUCUCACACCAGAAGAAUUCUCCGCGAUUGAGAAAGGCUUCAAACAAGUCCAGCAAGAGUGGGAAGAUGGCACGUUCAAAAUCGUGCCUGGCGUCGAUGAAGAUAUCCACACUGCGAACGAGCGACGAUUGGGCGAGAUUAUCGGCACGAAUAUCGCGGGGAAGCUCCACACGGGACGUAGUCGAAAUGAUCAGGUUGCGACUGAUAUGAGGCUGUGGCUGAGGGACCAGCUUUCGCAGCUGGAAGAGUACUUGGUCGCAUUUCUGAAGGUUAUCGCUGCGAGGGCAGAGAAAGAGAUUGAUCAUGUCAUGCCCGGAUAUACGCAUCUGCAGCGCGCGCAGCCCAUCAGGUGGAGUCAUUGGAUGUUGCUUUACGGACACUACUUUGCGAGUGAUUUGCAGAGAUUGAGGGAGGUGAGGCAGAGGAUCAACAAGUCUCCUCUCGGAUGUGGUGCUCUGGCAGGAAACCCUUUUGCGAUUGAUCGUGAUGCCAUGGCCGAGGAGCUGGGCUUUGAUGGAUUGAUCAUGAACUCCAUGGCUGGUGUGGGAGAUCGUGAUUUUGUGAUUGAGACAAUGCAGUGGGGAAGUAUGUUGAUGACACAUCUCUCUCGAUGGGCGGAAGAUUUGAUCAUUUACUCGACUGGAGAGUUCGCAUUUGUCAAGUUGGCGGACACGUACUCCACCGGCUCAAGCUUGAUGCCACAGAAGAAGAACCCCGACUCGCUGGAGCUGAUCCGAGGCAAGAGCGGCAGGGCAUUUGGCCAGAUGACAGGUCUCAUGAUGAGUGUGAAGGGCAUUCCCUCGACAUACAACAAGGACUUACAAGAAUCUGUCGAACCACUUCUGGAUCAUGUCAAGACCGUUGGCGACAGCAUCCAAAUCGCCACUGGUGUCCUCUCGACCCUUUCCAUCUUCCCCGAGAACAUGCUUCGGUCACUAUCUCCCGACAUGCUCGCUACUGAUCUGGCAGACUACCUCGUGCGAAAAGGUGUCCCCUUCCGCGAGACGCACCACAUCUCAGGACGCGUGGUGCAGCUCGCAGAGAAUGAGCGCGUGCCGAUGGAUAAGCUCACGUUUGAGCAGCUACAAGGCGUAGAUGGCCGAUUCGAGAAAGAUGUUUUGGAAGUGUUCAACUAUCAAGCUAGUGUUGAGGCUCGCUCGGCAAAGGGCGGCACCAGCAGGAGCGCUGUGCUGGAGCAGAUUGAGGCCAUCAAGGAAAUUUUGGCGUAAACUGUAGAUGUGUAGAUACCCAAUUGGUAGAUGAUAGAGCUGUAGGUCGUAGUGUACUAUAUCGAGUUUGGUC